AUCGUGGAAGUUUUAAAUACGAAAAUCUCUUGAAAAAAAAAAAAUAGAAAAAGCUUAAAAUAAUUUAAAAAUAGUGUUUUGACUGAGGAAAUCUCAAUGUAUUGUAUCAAUUAAUCCUUAUUGUGAUCAAAUAAAGAAUAGAAAGAUGUGUUUAUGGUGAGGAAAAGGCUGAAAAUCGAAAAAUUUCAUUUCAAAAGGAAUGGAGCAAAAUGAAUCGAAUUUUAAUUUAUCCUCAUCUGGCGUAAUUCCAUUAAUUAGCAACAAUAGCUUCGAGCUAAAUGCAAUUUCAUUAUCGGAUGACUCUGGAUUUACAUCACACACCCGAGAAAAUGAACAUGCAGAUUUUAAUUCCGACGAGUUUGAGGAAUUUUCUCAAUUUGAUUCGGACAGUGGAAUGAGUGCUGAGAAUUUUCACACCAUUAAGAAGAUAUCUAAUUCAAUUAUAUAUGAACCGCCACUAGAAUUUCAGGACAAUUAUCCAAAUUCAAAAUUUCCACCAAACUUUACGAGUAGCAGCAGUAGUACGACAACACCAAGCACGGUCAUAAGAACAACUCACAUUCAAAGCUAUGCAUCGAGAUUAACGCAAAAUAUAAUACGAAAAGCCAUCAAUACGUUUCAUAACUUAGCCACAAAAGAGGUUUAUUACUGUGAGCGACAUGCAGCCGCAAAAUUAAAGAAACAGCAGUUGCAACAACAGCAUAAGAGAGAAAUGGAAAGUGAUUUUUUAAAAUCUAGAACAUUUGUAUCAAACAGCUAUAGCAUAUAUGGAAGUGAUUCCUUCUUAAACAACUAUCAUAAACCAUCGUAUUUAACAAACAAUAAGAAUAGCAAUUCUAAUAUAAAUAUCGUUGAUUCCGAUGAGGAUAUAUAUGAUGAGCCAAAUGCCGAAUAUGAUGUGAUUUAUAAGGAUAAUAAGGAUACGAUAUUGUGCACAAAACGAAUUGUAAGAUCAUUGGAAAAGAAGAAAGUUGAUGUAAGAUCACAACUUUAUUGCAAUACGGAUGAGCUGUUUUAUGAAAAGUACCGAUCCAAAGGUCAUUCGACGGCAAUACAUGGUGACACCAAUAAUAAUAAUAAUAAUGCAUAUAAUAAGAAUAAUAAUAAUAAUAAUUGUAGUAGUAGCAAUAAUAAUAAGUUUCAAAGCAACAGCUUCCAGAAAAAAUUCGACAAGUUCCUUCGAAGUAAAUUUCAUAAUACAAAUCUAACGCCAACAACUACAACGUCGUCAAUUUUCUACAGCUUUUGUCAUCAUACAGGCGCAUCAAAUGUCUGUAAUUCACAUUCGUCACAUCCAAACUCUAAAACUUCCUUAAACAGUCGACUAUCAAGCUCACAUAAUUCAUUAAGUGUUCCAACUAAUAAAGCAGAUGACUCAAUAUUUAUAACGCAAGCAAUGUCGCAUGAUCAACUUGGCCAUAGUAUUGAAAUAAGUGAUUUUUAUAAUGUUCCAUUAGACUCUGAUAUUUAUACAUUACCCAUUGAUGUUAUUGAAUCAAAUCAGAUUGAUAGAGAUGCACAACAUCAAGCAUAUAGGAAUCAGCAUCGUGCAAUGUCUGAUAAUAAUCUACUCUGUGGAAAUUCAUCAAAGUGUCAUAAAUUUCAUAGAAGUAAAAAUAAGCGUAGUAAGAGAAAGAAGCGCUCAGAGGCUGGAAAUGAUAAUUGUUCAAGGAAAUUAUCAAAUACGAGCUCAAGUGUCGUGACGUCACACUCAUUUACAGUGAAUCAUGAGAGUGGACGUAAAAUAUCUGGCGAUAGAAUCAAAGCAAAAGUCUUACAAUCAUCAAAUAGCAGUAAUAAUAAUAAUAAUAUUAAUAAUUACACAAACAUUGAUUCAGGUUCCAAAAUAUUAAGAAAAAAUUCUGAUGGCAUUAAGAUUAAAGGCGAUAAUAGUAGUAAUAGCAAAUAUGCAAGUCCAACAACGGCCACAAAGAAGUCACAAUUUUCGAUAAGUUUAAAUUUAAAGCAAAAGUUUUGUAGUAUUUUUAGAUUUAGAAAAUCCCAUCAAACGUCUCCGUCGAGAAAUGUUAACUUAACGCACAUACAAGACGAAGAAAAGAAAGUCAAUUUAUCUACUCGAGCUUUACCGCCGUUGCCAGGAAAAGAUAUAAAACCUUCUGCUGACUCACAAAAUGCUGAUAAGAAAAACAGCGAAACUUUGGAUUUUGCAGCAAAUAUCGAGAAAGUUCGUGAGUGUGGUUGGUAUUGGGGUCCAUUAACGUCAGAAGCAGCUGAAAAGAUUCUUUCAAACGAGCCUGAUGGCAGCUUUAUAGUGCGUGAUAGUUCCGAUUUAAAUUACAUAUUUUCAUUAACCGUAAAACUCAAUGGCUGUAUUCGACACGUUCGUAUAGAACAAGAGCAGGGAACAUUUUCAUUUGGAUCGUGUGCUCAAAUCAAAUGCUCUUACAAGUCACGAACUAUAAAGGAAUUUAUCGAGAAUGCGGUUGAGCACUCAAGGAGUGGCCGAUAUCUUUUCUUUUUACAUCGUCGACCUGAACAUGGGCCAAUGCGAGUACAAUUGUUAAAUCCAGUGUCGAGAUUUAGGCAUGUCCAGAGUCUCCAACACAUGUGCAGAUUCGUAAUAUUAAAAGCUGUGCAGCGGAAGGAUUUAAUCGAAACCUUGCCAUUACCAAGAAGAUUACUUGACUAUCUUCAAAAUAAAAAUUUCCUGUCUGAGCUUAUUGAAAGUGAUAGUUCGUCACAAUCUCAAGUUUAUGGAGAAAAUAACCAUAAUAAUUCUGAUACAAACUAAAAGUCGUUUUUUAUUCUAUGCAAUAUUUUAUUCUAAGUUGACAAAUAACAUUGUUCCUUGUUUAUUGUAUUGAGUUCUAAACUUUGUCUACUAUACAAACAAAACAAAAAAAAAAUAUAUCAUUAUUUAUUUCUACAUUUGAGGAGAUUUUAUUGAUGAAGCAAAUUGUGAACAAAAUUAAUGAGAAACGUUUUUAAAUUGAAAUUGGGUGCUAUGAAAUCGAAUUUUAAAGAUGAUUUUUGAGUUUAUAUCAAAACUUUUAAUCGAAUAUGAAAAAGGGUCAUGUCCAUAUUUAAAAGAUAUCUCCAAUUUAUGACAAAAUUAAAUGAAUAGAAAUUUUUUCAGUAGCGAAUUUAAUGUGAAACUAUUUAACAAAUUAAAAAGUUUUUGAAGGAUUUUGAGACAACCAGUGUGCAUAAGUAGUGAUGUGUAUAAGCGUUUUUUUUAUAAGAAUGAUGACAAAACAACCAAAAAGCAGUUUAAUUAAGCAUUUUGAAUUUUCCUCAAAAUAUCAAUAGAUAACAAAAAACUUAGAUCUACGUAAAACAAAAUAAUAACGAAUUUCCCAAAUUUUCUUAUCUAACUUCCUACAUCAAACACUUUCCUUUUAGCAUCUAUCAACCUUCUUCUUUUCUCAUUGAAAUAUCAAAAAUUCCUUAGAAUUACUUUUUCUUACUGAAAAAACAAUAUAAAACAAGAAAAAAAAAUUAUAAUACAUUGUGAUAUUAAUAAAUACAAGAUAUAAAAAUAAAAUGAAAUUUCGUAUGUUUCAACUUAAUGUCUAAUUUAUUUAAUUCCAUUUCUGUUGAUUAAUCUUCGAUAUUUACUGGAUUCUGUUGUUCUUCGGGUAAUGGAAUGUCUAUGUCCUCUGUUGGUAAUGGUGUUGUGUCUAAUGGCGUUAUGUCCAAUUCAUAUUCUUCAAAAUUAGCUGCUGGACUUUUUGGUCUUGGAAUCAAUUCUGUUGGCUCGUUCAGUUCCUCCAUUGGAUCUUGCUCAUUGAAUAGUGCAAUAUAAUUUGGAUCAUUCAUCAUUAAAUGGUGCCACUUUGAAGGAUUUGAUGUGACAUCCAUAAAGUUUAAAAAUUCUGGUGAUGG